AUGGCUGACCCAGGACCACGCGUGGUAGCUGCCGCAUAUCCAUCCCCUCCGAACCAAUACCGCCAUCGCCACUACUCCCCGUCAAAUUCGCACUCCUCCCAGGACUCCUCCAACACCCGCCGCAAGCCCUCCGUCGCCUCGCUGUCUGACCAGGCCUACUAUAAUAUGGCGACAACAUCCAUGUCUCCGCCGAACAUCAAGAACGAGUUCGGCGGAGUCGGCACGGGCAUUGCAUACGGCGGCGCACCAGCACAUCCCACGCCCCAGCAGCCCAAUGAGAAGAACGGCGCCCUGGGCUUUGGCUUCCUCAAAUCACUCACUUCUUCAGACAAGAAGUUGACCAGAGACGGACAACCAGCAAAACGCCGCGGUCCAAAACCCGACAGCAAACCCGCCCUGACAAGGAGGCAAGAGUUGAACAGGCAGGCACAAAGGACCCAUCGAGAGCGGAAAGAACUAUACAUCAAAGCCCUUGAGGAUGAAGUCCUUCGUCUGAAAGAGGUUUAUUCUAAUGUCAGCCAAGACAAGGAUCGCCUGGCCGAGGAGAACCGUUCGCUCAAGGCACUGAUGCAACAAAAUGGACUAACAGUAUCUGGGGCAAUGACCAUGAUGGAUGACAACCUCAGCAGCCCAUCUGUUGGCCCGUAUAUUGGUAGCAACAGUUCAGCAUCCAUGUCAGGAUCUAAUAGUUAUGGCCUCACCUCGGCAUCCACACAGAACUCAGCCUACACGCCGCCGCCGGGCUCCGCGUUAAGCACGACCACCGCCAUGCAGGGGAUGUCACCGCUGGGUGGCCUGAGCCCAAGCCAGCAGGCUGUGGGCCUUCACCGACAAUCACCAUCCGCACAGUUGACUGGACCCAGGCGGAAUCCGGGCAUAGACUAUGAUCAGGCUGGCGUUGACUUCGUUUUAUCUCUUGAGAGGCCCUGCAUGGAUCACAUGCCCUGGCUCUUGGAUCGCUCGAGCGCCAACGGUGGCACCGAGCCUUGCGGCCACGCGCUGAUGGCAUCGUGUCCGCCAGAGCCAUUUUCAGACCUUACACCGGACAUCCCGUUUGGUCACAAGCACAGCAACAACACCCCCGGCACCAACGGACAUGGUCGCCAAACGAGUAACAGCCAAAGAAGCCCAAACGUCAGCCGCAACUUCAGCAGGAAUCACGCCGGCCCCAGCCCUCCGGCUGUGGAGAGGGCAGGGGUAGCAGCGGCCGCCAAUCCGAAUUGUUCGGCGGCCAUGGAUGUUGACGGUCCCACAGGCGGGCCACUACGGACGUGGGAGCUGAGCAAGUCUGACCUGGCGACGCUGUUGGACCUGAGCCAGAAGCUGAACCUCGACGGCGAGAUAACGCCCGUCAUGGCGUGGGGCAUGGUGUUGGCCCACCCUCGACUCGGGGAGAUGAAUGAGAAGGAUUUUGUGAAGCUGACGGAGGAGCUCGGCAGCAAGGUCCGAUGUUACGGAUUCGGGGCCGUCAUGGAGGAAUUUGAGGUCCGUGACGCAUUGGAGGCCAUAUUCUCGACAAAGCCGGAGCAGCUACAUGGAGGAUGUAGCCUGUGA